AUGAACAAGAAACGCAAGUUGUCGGAUGCUGACCUUUUCGGGGCACCCCCCGCGCAUUCCAGAAUCAAAGAUGUCCGCGGCAGAAAGCGUGCGAUGACUCCAUCCACUGCACCUGGCAGCCAGUCUUUCGGCAAUGCCUUUUCUUCUGCUCCUGCGCCGUCUUUUGGUGGCAAUCCUUUCUCCUCUACCCCAUCUUUGCAGCCGACUGGCUUUGCUUUUGGCCAGAGCCAGAGCUUUCCCGGCGCCAACGCCAACUCGUCUCUCGGUCAGCCCCAGCAAGAUGGCUCGGCACCAUUCUCGUUUGGAGGCGCCUCUCAAGGCGGAUUUGGGUUCAGCGCCCCUUCCUUCGGUCAGCAGACCAACUCCUUUGCUGCGAACAACCCUUUUGUCAACGGCACGUCCAGCAGCCAGCCAGCCGAGCCAGCCCAGCCUACUGGGAUGUUCAGCUUCGGUGGGAACAGCGCCUUCAAUGCCUCACCUGUCACUCAACCCGCGGCUCAGCCCUCUGGCAUGUUUGGAGCGCCGCAGACCACGAGCGCUCCGGCGCCCCCCAACAUGUUUGGCAAACCUGCUACCACAACCACUGCUGUUGACUCCAUGCAAACCUCACCGGAUGCCAAGCCUAAAGCCAGUGCUCCAGCUUCUACGCCCGGUUUCCAGAAUCGAAACCUCUUUGGUGGCGCGGGUACUCCCAGCUUGACACCUUCUGCGCCAUCCACUCCUGCUGCCAACCCUUUCACGAACCUCAAUGUUGCUUCGACGACCUCAAAGCCUGCCGAGACACAGCCAUUCAAGAACCUCUUCGGUGCCGCUCCUGCCGCGCCCAAGGUCUCAGAGCCGUCUCAGCCUGCGGCCAACAAUGUCUUCGCGCCGAAGACCGCGACUGAACAAGCUCCAUCCCCGCCUGUGCAGGCCAAGCCAUUUGGUUCUUCUGUUUUCGGUUCUGCUCCCACGACCGCAAAGACCUCUGAGUCCCAGCAGCCCGCUCAACCUGCCCCUGCCAACAUUUUUGCACCGAAGACAGCCGCUGAGCAGGCUCCUGCUAAGCCCGCAGAGAGCAAGCCUUUUGGGAACCUGUUCGGUGGCGCUCCCGCAGCAUCCAAGGCUCAAGAGUCCUCCACUCAGCCUGCCCCUAGCAACAUGUUCGCUAGUGCUCCCGCAUCCAAGGCCCCAGAGCCUUCCACUCAACCUGCUCCUGCCAAUAUUUUUGCCCCGAAGCCAGCCGCUGAGCAGACUGCUGCUAAGCCCGCAGAGAGCAAGCCUUUCGGGAACCUGUUCGGUGGCGCUCCCGCCGCAUCCAAGGCUCCAGAGCCCUCCGCUCAGCCUGCCCCUAGCAACAUCUUCGCACCCAAGCCAGCUACAGGACAGACCCCUGCCUUCGCCAACGUCAUGGGAGGGGGCAUCUCGGCACCUCAGGCCACGCAGCCGUCGGCUCAACCGGCUCCGACAAACUUGUUUGCGCCGAAACCCGCUACCGCACAGGCAGCACCUCAGAACCAGCAGCCGUUUGGCAAUCUCUUUGGUGGUAAACCUGUGGCCGCUGCAGUCCCUGCAGCCAAAGAAACAUCGGCGCCUGCCGUUCCAGCCGCUCCAGCCGCUCAACCUUUCCAGCUGUCAAAGCCUCAGUUGCCUUCCAGCAUGAGCGAAGAACAGGCAGAAGAUGCCGAGUUGCUCUUGCAACUGCGUACCCUGAAUGAGUCGUUGAAACAGGGAGUCAGCAAACGCAGUGCCACGGAUGAUUUUGAUUCACUCAUCAUGUACUACUUGCAAGUCCGUGAGACUUUGGGUGUUCCUGUCUUCCCCAACCAUUCCGGAGCAGAAACUACGACGACAAAUGGCCCUGUCGCUAGUGCCCAGGAUGAUUCCUCUACUGCCAGCGUUUUCGCAAACUCCUUCUCCGCCCCGAAGACAGACUCGAGCAAACAACCCGCUCCGGCGCCUACACAGUCGGCGAGUACUCCGACCACUGCCACCCCUGCAGCGGCUCCGAAGUUUGGAAACAAAAUGUUUGCCAAGGCUACAUCGGGUGCGAGCACCUCUGCAUCUGCUGCCAAUGCCGCUCCAUCGCCACCUUCUGAUGCUACAACGUCUGCUCCAGCGCUUGCAAUCCCGAAAUUCGGAAAUGGUGCUUCUGGCACGGAUUUCAUGGCGCAGUUCAAGAAACAGGCAGACAAAGCCGCUGCCGAAGAAAAGGCUAAGCGCAAGGCUGAAGAUUUUGAUUCCGACGAAGAUGAUGAAGAGGAGUGGGAACGCAAGGACGCCGAGAGACAGCGCGAGAAGCGCGCAAAGAUUGAAGCGGCAUCCAAGAAGAAGACGAAGUUUGUUCCCGGCAAGGGAUUCAUGUUUGUCGACGACGUUGACGAACCGGCGGCUUCAACCGAAGCUGCCAAGGAGUCUAGUGCUCCGAGUCCCACCGCCACGCCAUUGUUUGGCAAGCGUGAUGAGGCAAGCAAGAUUGGUAGCUCCAAUGAAGCUAGCGUGAUCAGCAACGCUAGCUCCCGCGCAGCGAGCCCGGCUACUUCGAUUUUCGCAUCUGCAAACCAGCCGCUUCCCAACUCGCAGAACAUCUUCGGCAGCCUUUCUGCAACCCCACAGACCUCUGACAAGGAUGACGGGGACUCUUCCUCAGGCGAUGACAUCCACGAAGCCAUACGCAAGACCCCCAAGCGGCGGCCCUCUGCAGAAGACAGAGAAGCGGACGAUGAUCGCCCAUCAAAGCGGACCAUAAAUUCCUCCGAUGCUGCCACCAGCAAGUCAAGCCUGGACGCCCCUCUGCCGGCCCCUAGUGCUGCCGCGGGUCGCAGUCUUUUCGAUCGAGUUCAGACUCCUGGUCGUUCUGCGACGAGCUCGCCUAAUCCAUUUGGCGGUUUGAUGGGCGGAAAUGCCACCACCAACAAUGCCACCAGCUCCCUGUUUACCGGUGUCAACACUUCGGGUACCAGCACUCCCAUUUUCGGCGCUUCCCAGACUGCCGAUCAAACCUGGAAGCCAAACACCCCGAUCAAGUUCGCUGCUGAAUCAGUUCCUUCGACCGAGAUUGCCACGUCCGCGGACGUCACCGGCGACGAGGAAGAAGGCGAGCCCGGUGCUAUCUUCAAUCUCACAAAUGCCAAGUCUGGCGAGGAAGAAGAAGAUGCUGUUUACGAAUGCCGCGCUCGUGCUUUCAAGCGAGAUGGUAGCUGGAAAUCCCAGGGCACCGGAAUUUGCCGUCUUCUCGUCCACCGAGAGACCCAUGCUGCUCGUGUUGUCAUCCGUGCCGACCCAGGCGGCAACAUUAUCCUCAACACUCACCUGAAGCGUGACUACGCCUAUUCCAAGGCCGGCAACAGCGUGCAGUUGAUGGUGCCGCAUCAUAACAAGCAGCCUGAGCACUGGGCCAUCCGGACGAAGGCUGAAAACGUCACUGAGCUCUUCUCCAAGAUCGAAGAGAUCAAAAACUAA